GGGCUCCCGGGUUUUGGGUGCGCUGCGUGUCACGUGCUCGGGACCCAUUAUCUUGCAAGUGUGGCUCCACAGCACCUCCGCGAAGGGGAGUGGUUGAGGACACAGGCUGCGUCGCAUUGCCUGGAUCCAGUCCCGGCUCUCCCGGAUCAUGGCUGCUGUUCCCCAGAAUAAUCUACAGGAGCAACUGGAACGCCAUUCAGCCAGAAAACUUAGUAACAAGUUAAGCCCUUCAAAACCGAAACCUUCAGGUUUCACUUUUAAAAAGAAAGUAACAUUGGCCAACAAUGUAUCUGUCACUGGUGUCUCAGUAGCCAAAACACCUGCCUUAAAUGAUAAAGAUGUUAAUGUCGCUGAGGCCUUUUCCUUCAGUGGACCACUGCCCCUCGCCGCAAGUCAGCAGACAAGUCCCAGCGACUUCAGAAAUGCUCCAGCAGGACAGCAAACCAGGAGAGCUGUUUCAAAACCAUUAUUGCCAGAUGUGUUGCACGUUCCACAGGGAGUUUUAUGUAACACCCAGAACACACCGAUUGUAAAAAAAUCCAGUAAUGCUACUUUCAAGAAAUUAGAAUUUAGUUCUUCAUCAGAUUCUUUUGUUACCAUCAACGAUUGGGAUGAUAUGGAUGACUUUGAUACUUCUGGAAAUUCAAAAGCAUUUGUCACGCCAUGCAGAAAUCACUUUGUGAGAGUAAGCACUGCUCAGAAAUCGAAAAAGUCUAAGAGAAAUGUUUUGAAAGCACAACUUCCCAGAGAGAAUACAGUAAAGGCUGAUUUGACUCUAUCCUCCUCUGAAAGCAAGCAAGCGUGUUUGACGAAGAAACAGAAUGAUGACUCGGAAUGGUUCGGUAACGAUGUGAUUUGCAUUGAUGAUGACCCCGGUCCUGAAGACCUUAUACCUGGCAGUGCUCAGGAGAGUCAGCCUUCAAAAACUCAUUUGGGAGUAGAAAGAGAUAGUAGUGAAAAGAAGAACUUGGAAGAAACAGAAUUCCUUUCGGUCAAGAGGUCUCCAUGUAUUGAGUUUGAUGAGGAUGAGUACGAUACAGACUUUAUUCCACCUUCUCCAGAAGAAAAAAUGAUCUCUGCCUCUUCUUCCUCUUUAAAAUGUUCCAGUAUGUUAAAGGACCUUGACACCUCUGACACACGAGGUGGUCCUAGCACAUCUGAGGACUUGCCAACACCUGAGGGGGCGACGACGCAGCCACCUGAUCAAGAGACCAGCACAGACUGUGAUGCUAGACGGACAAGUGUGCAGCAGCAGCUUAUUCAUGUGAUGGACCAGAUCUGUAAAUUAGUUGAUACUAUUCCUGACCAUGAACUGAAAGCUCUGGAUUGUGGGAAUGAACUGCAUCAGCAGCGGGACAUAAGAAGGAAGCUCCUAGCUGAAGCUGACUUCAGUACAAGUGAUGCCAGUAUUCUUGCUUCCUGGUGGAGAUGCAGGCCUGCUUCACAUGGGAACCCUGUGGAGGAUAUGGCUUCUGUUUCUGCUCCCUGCACUUUUCCAAAGGGCGACUCCUGUCCUACAGGGAAUUCUGUUAAGGAGUUAAAUUUUCCACACCUUCCCUCGAAUCCCAGUUCCACUACGGAGUGUUUAGUGGCUGCUACCCCAGGAAAGACAGGAUUCACAGCCACCACGAAGAAUCCCUCUGAAAGACCGUUAUUCAACCCCCAUUUACAGAAGUCCUUUGUAAGUAGCAACUGGGCUGACACACCAAGGGUAGAAAAAAGAAACGAGAGCUCUUACUUCCCGGGAAGUGUUCUCACGAGCACGGCUGUGAAAGAUCAGAAUAAACGCUCUGCUCCAAUAAUUGACUUAGAAAGAGAAUUCCAGGCUGCCUGUGAUAUUGACAGUUUUGACAUAGAUGGCUUUGAUGAUGAUGACGAUGAUGACUGGGAAAAUAUUAUGCAUAGUUUAGCGGCCAGCAAAUCUUCCACGGCUGCCUGUCAACCUAUUAAGGAAGGUCGGCCCAUUAAGCCAGUACCAGAAAGAAGUUCUUCAACCAAGACAAACUGUCUUCCAAUGGCAUCUGCUGCUCAAAAUAAAAACUCAGAGUCAAUUCAGAAGUACACUGACAAGUCGGCACAAAAUUUAGCAUCCAGAAAUCUGAAACACGAGCGUUUCCGAAGUCUUAGUUUUCCUCAUACAAAAGAAAUGAUGAAGAUUUUUCAUAAAAAAUUUGGCUUGCAUAAUUUUAGAACUAAUCAGCUAGAGGCGAUCAAUGCUGCGCUGCUGGGUGAAGACUGUUUUAUCUUAAUGCCCACUGGAGGUGGUAAAAGUCUGUGUUACCAGCUCCCUGCCUGUGUCUCUCCUGGCGUCACGAUUGUCAUUUCUCCCUUGAGAUCACUCAUAGUAGAUCAAGUCCAAAAGCUGACUUCCUUGGAUAUCCCAGCUACCUAUCUGACGGGUGAUAAGACUGACUCAGAAGCCACAAGUAUUUACCUGCAGUUAUCCAAGAAAGACCCUAUUAUAAAACUUCUGUAUGUCACUCCAGAGAAGGUCUGUGCAAGUAAUAGACUGAUUUCCACGCUGGAGAAUCUGUAUGAGAGGAAGCUCUUAGCACGUUUUGUCAUUGAUGAAGCACAUUGUGUCAGUCAGUGGGGACAUGAUUUCCGCCAAGAUUACAAAAGAAUGAAUAUGCUUCGCCAGAAGUUCCCUUCUGUUCCAGUGAUGGCCCUUACCGCCACAGCUAACCCCAGGGUACAGAAGGACAUCCUCACUCAGCUGAAGAUUCUCCAGCCUCAGGUGUUCAGCAUGAGCUUUAAUAGACAUAAUUUGAAAUACUACGUGUUACCGAAAAAACCCAAGAAGGUGGCAUUUGAUUGCUUAGAAUGGAUCAGAAAGCAUCACCCACAUGACUCUGGGAUAAUCUACUGCCUCUCCAGGCGGGAAUGUGACACCAUGGCGGACACUUUACAGAAAGAUGGUCUCGCGGCUCUUGCGUAUCACGCUGGCCUCAGUGACUCUGCCAGGGACGAAGUACAGCACAAGUGGGUUAAUCAGGACGGCUGCCAGGUUAUCUGUGCAACAAUAGCAUUCGGAAUGGGGAUCGACAAACCUGACGUGCGGUUCGUGAUCCACGCAUCUCUCCCUAAGUCUGUGGAGGGCUACUACCAGGAGUCCGGCAGAGCUGGGAGAGAUGGGGAGACGUCACACUGCCUGCUCUUCUACACCUACCACGACGUGACCCGGCUGAAGAGACUCAUCCUGAUCUUCACAACAGGCCUCACAGGCUACUGUUACUGUCCUCAUUUUACACAGGAGCACAGCAGAUGUAGAGCCGUGGAAAAAGAUGGAAACCAUCAUACCAGAGAGACUCACUUCAAUAAUUUGUACAGUAUGGUGCAUUACUGUGAAAAUAUAACAGAAUGCAGGAGAAUACAGCUUUUGGCUUACUUUGGUGAAAAUGGAUUUAAUCCUGAUUUUUGUAAGAAGUACCCAGAUGUUUCUUGUGAUAACUGCUGCAAAACAAAGGAUUAUAAGACAAGAGAUGUGACCGAUGAUGUAAAAAAUAUUGUAAGAUUUGUUCAAGAACAUAGUUCAUCACAAGGAACAAGAAAUAAAAACCACGUAGGUCCUUCUGGGAGAUUUACUAUGAAUAUGCUUGUCGACAUUUUCUUGGGGAGUAAGAGUGCAAAAAUUCAGUCGGGGAUAUUUGGAAAGGGAUCUACUUAUUCACGACACAAUGCUGAAAGACUUUUUAAAAAAUUGAUACUUGACAAGAUUUUGGAUGAAGACUUAUAUAUCAAUGCCAAUGACCAACCAAUUGCCUAUGUGAUGCCAGGAAAUAAAGCCCAAACUGUCCUAAAUGGGCAUUUAAAGGUAGACUUUAUGGAAACAGAAAAUUCCAGCAGUGUGAAAAAACAGAAAGCUUUAGAGGCAAAGAUAUCUCAAAGGGAAGAGGUGGUGAAGAAGUGUCUUGGAGAACUGACAGAAGUCUGCAAAUCUCUGGGAAAAGUUUUUGGUGUCCACUACUUUAAUAUCUUUAACACUGUCACUCUCAAGAAGCUUGCAGAAUCUUUAUCUUCUGAUCCUGAGGUUUUGCUUCAGAUUGAUGGUGUUACUGAAGAUAAACUGGAAAAAUACGGUGCCGAAGUGAUUUCAGUAUUACAGAAGUACUCUGGGUGGACAUUGCCAGCUGAUGACGGUUCCCCGCUGAGAAGCCCGGGCAGCAGCAGGGGCACCAGAAAAAACGGCCCCGAGGAGUUUGAUGAGGAAACACCCAUAUCUUCUCACUACUUUACGGAUAAAACCAAAAAUGAAAGAAAGAGGAAGAGGAUGUCAGCCUCCCAGAGGCCUAAGAGGAGGAAAACUGGCUUUGGUGGUUCCAAGACCAAAGGUGGGUCCACCGCAUGCAGAAGGACAUCUUCUAAAAGUAGAUCCUCCAACGUAUUUGGACCCCAUUCAUCUGUGCCUGGUUCUCAAGCAGCAUCAGGAGCCCCUAGAAGAUUGGGGAUUAUGGCUCCACCAAAGCCUAUAAAUAGACCUUUUCUUAAGCCUUCGUAUGCAUUCUCAUAACAACCAGAUCUCAAUGUACAUAGAUCUUAUUUCUUGUUUGUCAGCAUCUCACCAUCUGUGACCAUAAAGCUGUUAGUUUUGUUAGACCAUUUAUAAUUUUUACCCAUAACUAUUAAUAUUUAAAUAAAUGCUUAGGGUGACAGUUCUUAUUUUUAAAAUAAACGUUUUCUUUUGAAUAAGCAUGAUUUGCUGCCGCUGCAAGCCUUGUGGCUGUCGUUUCUCAGAACGUCUGAAGCAGCAGCUGAAUCAUCUCAGUGAGAGAAAUUCUAAGCACGACAUGAAACACAGAAGCCGCAGGAAGAGACACGCAUGGGACAUGGUGAAACUGUAAAACUCUGCAGAAGGCGACAUAAACAAAAUUAAAAGACAAAUGACAGAGAAAACAAAAAUAUCUGACGAGGAAUUAAUAUCCAUAAUACAGAGUACCUGUAUCAAUCAUUUAAGAAAAAGAAAAGAAAAGAAAACGAACUGGGUAGAAAAAUGAACAGAGGCUGUGACAGGCUCUUCCCAGAAGAAGUACAAAUGGCCCACAAAUAUGUGAAAAACGCCCAGUCUCCCCAGUUACAAAUAUAAAUUAGAACAAUGAGAUGCCAUUCUUCUGCCUCUUAAGUUGUCAACACUGGGGAAUAUCUCAGAAUCUGGGGCCAACAGGAGAACGGCCAAACGUUUGACUGGUGAGACUAUAGGAGCUGUUUACGGUGAAUACUAGGGAGGCCUCACUUUUGAAGACCUUCCGCGUAUAGGCUGAUGGAC